AUGACCAACUUUGAGGGCGCAGUAAAUGCGGUUUGCACACAUGCGAGGCGCUUUGCAAUUGUGUGUUUGCGAGGUCAUCCGCCUGUCACGUGCCUAAGCGUCAUGGCCAACGCAAUGCAGGUGGCACCGACAGGUCCUUUGGGGAUUUCCGGGAAGCAAACUUUCAGCUGCAGUGCAUCCAAAGCCAUGCGUGACAAAUAUUUAUUAACUGCCACAACAGCGGACCAUGGAUUAGAGGAUUGA